UUUCGACGCUUAAUAAGUGAAAAUAUUAUUCAGGCAUAUGUUUAUUUAGUAUUUACUUUGUUAUGUUACAAGUACUGCGGAUAAUCAUAGGCAACAUUACUCCAGAUGGCGGCAGUGUUGGCAAACUGACGCCGACAUAAAACGCAACACGAGGAAGAGACGUUCACGGUCCUGAGUUCAAACUCACGAGCGGGACAACGAGCUGUCCUCCCUGGGGGGCUCGGCUCCGUGAAACUCAACCAACAUGGAGUUUGACGAUAGUCUUUUAAUCCAACGAAGCGGCGCUGCAGCCCCGGAGGCAGAAGACACGCAGCGGGUGACUCUGCACUGUCAGCAGUGCCACACCGUGCUGGGGGACUCCCUCGGUGUGUGUGGGGAGAUUCAGUGCAUGGACUCCAUCGUGUGUAUCAGAGUUACCGAUGACGUGGUCGUCAGUGAUGCCAUGGAGUCAGCACAUAAAGGGGAAAUGGCUAAUUGCAUCUACAGUUCUCUAAAGUGCCGCGGCUGCUGCUGUGCCGUGGGUAAAGUUCUUCACUCGGCCCCGCCGGGUUUGGCUGCAGUUCGCUCCAUGUUUCUCCUCUACAGAGCAAACAUCAGCUGUUACGUCCUAAACCACAGCUCCAUGGUGAAAGCAUCCACACUCACAUUUGAUAUGAAGCCCCUCAGAGAAAACAUGAAGAAGGUGAGGCAGCAGUUUGAAGUGCAGUUGGAUCAGAUGUCCCUCAUUAAGAGGCGACUGGUGGACGGGAGUGUUACCAGUGAACUGCUCAAGUAGUGCGAGCAGGUGAUCUGGCCUGCACCACGUCCUCUGGACUGCACCACGUCCUCUGGACUGCACCACGUCCUCUGGACUGCACCACGUCCUCUGGCCUGCACCACGUCCUCUGGACUGCACCACGUCCUCUGGCCUGCACCACGUCCUCUGGACUGCACCACGUCCUCUGGCCUGCACCACGUCCUCUGGACUGCACCACGUCCUCUGGCCUGCACCACGUCCUCUGGACUGCACCACGUCCUCUGGCCUGCACCACGUCCUCUGGACUGACGCCACGUCCUCUGGACUGCACCACGUCCUCUGGACUGACGCCACGUCCUCUGGCCUGCACCACGUCCUCUGGACUGCACCACGUCCUGAGUUAAUGCUUCAGCUUUGCUCUCUCAGCUUUAUCCAUUUGUUUGGAUCCACGUCUGCAGAUGCAUUGUGGAUGUUGUAGUGCAGUAGAAACACAGGCUCCUCCUCCUCGCUGUUAGUUUUAUUGAAUUUAAUCCGCUGCACAAACAAUGAAAUAUUUUUGACCAACACGAUGAACUUAAAGACGUAAAGCUGUCGCAGACACAAAGAUCAUCUCUACAUCGUGCACCUGCUUCUCAUGUCUAUACAUAAAGCCUUUAAAAACUAACUUGGGUGCAUGUUCCAGCGUUUGUAUCGUUGAUCCCCUGAAACUGUCAGCAUCUAUAUAUGAAAUGUCUCACAAGCUAAACACACAGGAACUCUCUUUACUUGUUUUAGAAAAUAUAUCUUGUGUUGUCUGUAUCUUUGUUGUAAAUAAAGUUAAUACAAAAUCAACACUAAGUCACUAUAUAACCAUAAAUUGUAUAUUUCCAAACAUGUAAUGAGUGAACGAGUGAGCUGCUCAGGUGCUGGGAGCCAGGCUAGCUGUUUGGCCCUGCUUCCAGUCAUUAU